AUGCGUUUCUUCGACGCCAUCAGCAUUGGCGCCAUAGCCCUAGGCGCCAGUCUCUUCAGCACUCCCGUCCACAGCACAGCCAUCAACAUCCCCAAUCCAAAAGACAUCCCAAGCUUCGAACGCCCCCGCCCCGGUCCCACACGCUUCAGACCCGACAAGCCUCUUUUCACCAACAUCGCAGGAACAAGAAAAAUUGACCACAGAGUCUGUCCACCCACGAACGCACCCCAGCCGCGCUCUCCCGCCCCGCCGAACUUUUCAGAUGGGCGGACCUUUCCAGAUGGCUCAAGGCUCCCAGAUGGCAGGCUCAUACACGUUCUACCUCACAUCAACUGCCGCGGCACAGGCGCAGUUUCGUACUGCGGGACCAAGCGUAUCCGCGUUGUAAUCCGAGAACUGUCAGGGCUGCUGCCCAAAGACCAGGCUCUAGACCCCAUCGCGUGGCUGUUCUACCCCCAGCGAAUCGAGUGGUCUCUUCGCGUGCUCAGCAAAAUUAUCAAGCCCUACGAGCAGACCUCCCCUCUCCACGCCAUGGUGAAAGGGAUGGCCACCGACCUCGAAGAUAGCGAUAGUCACGGCCCCAACGAGGACUUCUGGUAUGCAGGCGCCGACGCCAACGACUACAACGACGCCGCCAACAACGACAACUUCAAGAUCAACAUCGACAACGACAACGGCGAAAACGACGACGCCUUCAACAUGGAAGAACUGGAAAUGUUAAACAAACUGCACCGCCACCACAAGCGCCACAACGGCUUCUCCCCUGAAGCCUACAUGUCGUAUAUCCUCGACGAAGCCGAAGCCAAAUACUCAGCCAUGAUGCCGAGCCAAGCCGGUACCCAUAUUGACACCAAACAAAUCCACGCGUUCAAAAAAGCCAUCAUGGAGACUUUCACAGCGCACGUCCUCAAGGCCAAUCAGGACACUUUUAUGGCUGAGCCGGGCGUCGAGGCGAGGCACAUCGUGGAUCAGACGGCGCCUGCCAAGUUGGCUAAUGCCACCGAGGCGUUGGCUCAUGUGUUGAAUGCAACGAUUCAUAGCAACGAGGGCCGUGAUUAG